UGCAGUAGUGAGAAGCUAGGGUUCCCCUUCCCCUUUCUUAUUUAAGGUUUUAAUUUUUUUUUUUGGUUCCUCUCUGAGACCAAAACAGCAGCAGUCAUUUAAGCUUCCAGCUGGGUCAGUCACCAGCUUCAGACUCUUUUAGAGAGAAAAAUCUAAGGAAGAGAGAGAAGGAUAGAGAACGAAGAGCUAAGCAGGAAGGACUAGUACUUGCCUUCUUUCUCUUUCUUUCUCUCUAGAGAGGAAGCUGAGACAUUUGGGUUACUCUUGAACCGUUUGUCUUCUCUACCUCUCUCUCUUUCUCUUUUACUCGAGCUUUUCAUCCGAGGCGCGUCCAUUUCGUUUAUUCCUUAUGUGUUUGUAUGAUAUUUUGCGUCGAUUUGGUUGCUGUGGGGUGGAAAGAGAGGAAAUUACGUCGGGGGUGUUGGUCCAUUUUGGGAAGUGCAGCCUGUAAAUCUGUGGAAAUCAGGGAGGAAAAUCUGGAAGGCUUAAAGGAGAAGGUUUUCUUUGGGUUCAUAGUUUGAUGAGUUUUGGGGGGUUUCUUGACAAUAGCACCGGCUGUAGUGGCGGUGCAAGAAUCGUUGCUGAUAUUCCUUAUAACCUCCAUCACCACCCUCAUCAUCAUCACCAUAGCGCUAGCCACACCAGUAUGCCCUCUAGUGCCAUCGCUCAGCCUCGACUCGUGACUCAGUCUCUUACCAAAUCCAUGUUCAACAACUCACCUGGCCUCUCACUCGCUCUUCAGAGUAAUGCCGACGGAGGAGGAGGCGGGGAGGCGGCGAGAAUAUCGGAGAAUUUCGAGGGGAACAACAACGUCGGCGGGAGGCGGAGCCGAGAGGAGGAGAAUGAGAUCAGUAGAUCUGGGAGCGAUAACGAGGGCGCCGGCUCCGGCGACGAAGGAGACGCUGCGGAUAACAGUAACCCUCGUAAGAAGAAGAGAUACCACCGACACACUCCGCAGCAAAUCCAAGAGCUCGAAGCGUUAUUCAAGGAGUGCCCUCAUCCGGAUGAGAAGCAAAGAUUGGAACUUAGCAGAAGGCUUAAUCUUGAGACCCGACAGGUCAAGUUCUGGUUCCAAAAUCGCCGAACUCAGAUGAAGACUCAACUUGAACGGCAUGAGAACUCUUUACUGAGGCAAGAGAACGAUAAGCUUCGUGCCGAAAACAUGUCGAUAAGGGAUGCCAUGAGGAAUCCAAUUUGCACAAACUGCGGUGGUCCAGCAAUGUUAGGCGACAUUUCUAUUGAGGAGCAACAUCUCAGGAUCGACAAUGCCCGAUUAAAGGACGAGUUAGGCAGGGUUUGUGCAAUCGCCGGCAAGUUCAUGGGGCGUCCGCUUCAGUCUCUAGGCCAAUCAAUGGGGCCUCCAUUGCCGAGUUCAAUUCUGGAACUCGGAGUUGGGAACAAUGGGUUCGGUGGGAUGAGCUCAGUGGCUACAACUAUGCCAUUGGGGUCCGAUUACGGAGCGGGGCUUGGGAGUGGCCUGCCACUUGUGGCUCACACUAGGCCGGUGGCGGGAGGGAUGGACGAGAGGGGCAUGUUUCUGGAGCUGGCCUUGACCGCCAUGGAUGAGCUUGUGAAGAUGGCUCAGAGUGAUGAGCCACUUUGGCUGAGGAGCUUGGAGGGUGGAAGAGAGGUCCUGAAUCACGAGGAGUACAUGAGGAGUUUCACUCCUUGCAUUGGGCUGAAGCCUAAUGGCUUCGUUACCGAGGCUUCUAGGGAGACUGGUAUGGUCAUCAUCAACAGUUUGGCUCUGGUUGAGACACUGAUGGACUCGAAUCGAUGGCUGGAAAUGUUUCCAUGUAUGAUUGCCAGAACUUCUACCACUGAUGUGAUUUCCAGCGGAAUGGGAGGGACUAGAAAUGGUGCACUUCAACUGAUGCACGCUGAGCUUCAAGUCCUAUCGCCUUUGGUUCCAGUCCGUGAGGUAAACUUCCUUCGUUUCUGCAAGCAGCACGCGGAGGGCGUGUGGGCGGUGGUAGACGUGUCCAUCGACACCAUCGGAGACAAUUCCGGCGCACCCUCAUUUGUUAACUGCAGGAGGCUCCCUUCUGGUUGUGUUGUGCAAGAUAUGCCUAACGGUUACUCCAAGGUUACAUGGGUUGAGCAUGCAGAGUACGACGAGAGCCAAGUGCACCCCCUGUACCGACCCUUGUUGAGCUCUGGCAUGGGGUUCGGCGCGCAGAGGUGGGUCGCCACCCUCCAGCGGCAAUGCCAGUGUCUCGCCAUCCUCAUGUCCUCCACAGUCCCCGCCCACGACCACGCCAACGCUAUUACUCAGAGCGGGAGGAAGAGCAUGCUGAAGCUGGCGCAGCGAAUGACAGACAACUUCUGCGCCGGGGUCUGCGCGUCGACGGUCCACAAAUGGAGCAAGCUGAACGCCGGGAACGUCGACGAGGACGUCCGCUACAUGACCAGACAGAGCAUGGACGACCCCGGCGAGCCGCCGGGCAUUGUGCUGAGCGCCGCCACCUCGGUCUGGCUCCCAGUCUCCCCACAGAGGCUCUUCAAUUUCUUGCGCGAUGAGCGACUCCGGAGCGAGUGGGACAUCCUCUCCAACGGCGGGCCCAUGCAGGAGAUGGCCCACAUCGCCAAGGGCCAGGACCAAGGCAACUGCGUCUCCCUCCUCCGCGCCAGAGCCAUGAACGCAAACCAGAACAGCAUGCUGAUAUUACAAGAGACGUGCAUCGACGCGGCGGGGUCGCUUGUGGUGUACGCGCCGGUGGAUAUUCCUGCCAUGCAGCUGGUGAUGAACGGAGGGGACUCUACCUACGUGGCGCUGCUGCCGUCGGGCUUCGCGAUAGUUCCGGACGGGCCGGGGUCGCUGGGGCCGGGGGGUGAGGAGUAUAAGGCGAGGCAGGGAAGCAGUAACGGUAACGGCGGCGAGGCUAGAGUGAGUGGGUCGCUGCUGACGAUGACGUUUCAGAUACUGGUCAACAGCCUGCCGUCGGCGAAGUUGACCGUCGAGUCGGUGGAGACGGUGAACAAUCUCAUCUCCUGCACCGUCCAGAAGAUCAAGGGCGCGCUCCAGUGCGAGAGCUGAGGAUUCACGUGAUCUUGCUGAUCAAGCUGGUGGUGGUUGGUGUGGCGGUGGCGAGUAAAAGUGGGGUGGUGGUCGCGGGUGGUGGUGGUGGGGGUGGUGAGUCAAGAACGAACCGCGCGUGAAAGAUCCCUUGCGUUGUGAUAAGGGAGUUUCCAUUCGGCGCGUGUAAAUGCACGCUCCGGUUUGGGGUCUUUGCACGAGGCAUGGCUGGUGGUUCGGGUAUUGACUCGGGUCCAACCCUCGUAAAGGUUUUAAUGCGUUUGAGGCUCUGGUCAAGAUGAAGAAGAAAGAAAGAAGGAAAAACAUAAAGGGUCCUUUUGGAAUCUUAUAGGUUGAAAUUUAAUUUUUCUUGUAGUUUAUGUUGGUUGACCAGGAUUUGACCGUUGUAAUGGGGUUUCAUUUUCAUGACAAAUACAUAUUUAAGAUUUGGGAUUUUGAAGGUUUUCUAAUAUAUAUAUCUGUAACUUGUUUAUGUUAUAGACCAAAUUUCACCUUGA